AUGGGGGUCGAAACCCGCAGACCAAUUCUUCCCGCUCCCACAGAAUCCCUCGUCGAUACCAACCCUGGCGACAGCCCAACGGGCACAGAUCUGGCAACUGACAUUUCUCGCCGCACAGACAAAACGUCGUACUCGAUCCCGGACGACGGUAGCCCAAUUACUGUCUCCACCCGGCGCCAUCGGGACCGGGACGACAAACUGUCUCGCUCAAAUCGGGAUUCCCAGACCUCCCUCUUAAUCGAAUAUUUCGAGGGUGGGAAAGGCCCCGGCGGUGUUGUUUCAAGGCCCAGCGUACGUGUACGAGUGACACCAUCAGGCGCGAGAAAGCGUAAGCAAAAGGACCGAAUCCAGAUCACCGAAUCGGGCUCCAGUCGCCAGCCCUCUUAUACCCGUCGCAUUUCCUUGACCUCGCCAUCUUCCAAAAGCAAACAUCAGGCCGAUUCGGGCUUGGAUGAUCAAAGCAUCAGCUCCAUCAAUUCCGUCGAGGAGGAGGGUGAACAUCCCUCUCAACAUCCACCCGUCGAAAUCGAGUUUAUGAAUCGCGACCGAGGCAGCGAACUGUCCACCGCCUCACGUGGAUUUAUGAUGCCUUCUUCUGAUAUCUCGUCCAUGCCCGCUGACAGCAUGCUCGACACUUCAUCCGCUGGUCCGCGCAGGAAGCGCAGCCAAAGCAUCGAACGUGGCGCCAGUCGCGAUAAGGAUCUGCUGAAAACGCCAUCCCGGCAACGAAGUCGCAGCCUUAGCAAGGAACGUAUCGUCCAGCGAGCUGCCGAGAAACUCAGCGGCUCACCGCAGGAGGUUUCCAGUGGUAGACACAAGAGUAGGAGUAAGCACCGAAGUGGAAGGAAGGAAUACUUGGAGGAGCCCAAGUCAUCCCGGCGCAGACGACAUGGAUCCGGUGAUGAGGAUCUUAAUAUUACCAGCCCCGAAUCUAGCCUCCUCAGCUCGGCUGUUUCUUCCAACCGCAGGUCCGGCGACUACCACUCUAAUGUUUCAAAAUCUUCCAUCAAUAAUCCCAAAUUACUCGAGACCGUUGAAGAUGCAAUUCGGCGCUUGAUCCUGCCCGAGCUCAAGGAGCUCAAGAAGGAUCAGAAAGUCAUGACCAACAAAUCCAAAUUCGACCGCGACAUGACCACAUCCUAUUCCUCUGCUAGCUCUAGAGAUGAGUUAGGUCGACGUUUGUCAAAACAUUCCAGUGCUCCUGACGUGAUGAAGCCUCAGCCUCGCGUUGUCUUGAACAAAGAUAGCAAGGAUGAAGGGAUUGUUCUUGCUGGCGAUCCUCUACAACAAAGCAAGGAACGCAAGUCGAGCAAAGGCAGUGAAACCUCUGAUGCAGCAUGGGUCAAAUGGGGCCGACCGGAUCUUACUGAGCAUGAUAAAAUCCGCAGACAAAAGAGCAAAGGCCUUCGUGAUGCCCAUGCCGCCGGUCGAGUCGGUUCCGCUCUGACUGCCGCAUCUCUCAAGAAGCAUGAUUCUCAGUCUAGUCUUGGCCAGUCAGAAUCAGGGGAGCGCAGAGGUAGUGGCUCACGCAAAAGUGUGGACAACUACAACGAGACAGAGCUUGUUUUCCAAAAACACAAUGUGGCUCCUAUGCCAAUGCGCAGCGAGAUUGAUUCGGAAUUGACGAGGACUUCAUUGCUCUCGGAACGUACUGAGAGUCCUGUGCUGCGUCAAAGGAUGCCACCGGCCGAAAUUUCGCGUGGCUCACCAAGACAAGUUGUCUCGCCGACAUCGCGAACGCCGACUCGAACCCCACAAGAAUCACGGAAUGAACUCGGCAUGCGCCAUGGCAAUCAGUCACAUCAUAACCUGUCUAUGCACAGUAGUUCGGAUCGUGAUUUGCAUCAAAAGAGCCAAUCUCCCGGCACUGAUGUUGACUGGACUAUUGCUGCAGCUGCAGCCGCGAACCUGCUCGACGCUGCUCAUCCAGGACAAGAGCCGUCGCCAGACAGACACUAUGAGGCCGGCCGAGCCCUGAGCCCUAUCCAGAGUGUUGCCAGUGACCUUACCGAGACUCGUGAUGCGUAUUAUCCAAACAAGCACACUGCUGACCUCCAGCGGGAUGUGGAACCUCGCCUUUCGAUUGAUUCUUUGUCUUCCGCCCCGAGCACAAACCUCGCCCGAUCUACUCGCCAGGAUGGAAACAGCCCCAGCAGUCAAAUCCGCGCUUUCGAUGGUGAGGAGGGCACUGAUCUCGGAUAUGAGCAAUCGCGCCGUGCAUCCGGAGAGGACAACUACUAUGGUCCCGAUGAUGAGUCAAGACUUUCAUACGAGAAUGAUGACAGCGAAAUUGAUUUCAUGGAUCGAGUGAAAGAAGGUCAUAAUGUGGCCAGCGGCAUCGCUGCUAAUCCGCAAUUUAUCCACCCAGCGGGUGUUGAGUCGAACGUUGCUACUCUGAUUGAUGGGUCCAUUCUCGAGUCCCAGACUUCUGGAAACCGCUCACAGACCGAAUUCGCUGAGCGUGCGGCAAGCCGAAGCCCUGAAAAGCGUGGAAGCCCUCUCAAGCAACGCCAGGAUGCCUCCAGCCCUGAUGAGACAUCAUUCCCUCGGCGGAUUGGUGCUUCCUCGCCACCACAAAGCGUCACCCAGUCUAUCGACGACUUCGAUGAAGCAGGUUCUGCCGGCGGUAUGGCGGCCGGCAUGGCUGCAGGCAUGGCUGCCGCUGCAGCUUCUAAGGGCAUGGAUAGCCCAGGUGCGGAUGAGGACCGCAGUCAAGAGUCCGAGUCCGAGAUCAACACCAACCCCUCUAUCAUUCAAGGCCCUGCUCAAAGUGCUCAAGAUCACUGGGGCUACGCAUCAAGGUCCCCAGCCGAGCAACCUACCUACUAUGAUCAUGGCGCCAAAGACCUCGACCAGAACCAGCCCCGGAAUCUUGAUGCCGAAUACUAUGAGACUGCCAGAAACAUCUUUGGUGGCGAUGACUUUGUCGUUGACCAGCAAGCUGGUCAGCUCUUUGGUACCCCCCCAGGGGCCAAGGAUGAAGGCUACGUGUCGGCUGCCAACCCCAUGUCUCCCAGCGUCGGUACCCCCAAGAAAGGAGAUCGAGGCCUCGAAGGCGCAUUUGAGAGUCCGACUGAGGAAGACCCAUUCGGAUCUGGCCACCAGCGACACUUUAGUGGUUACUCUCAUGGUGUGGGCUCUCCGCUCUAUGACAGCGCCACUGGCCGAGGUAUUGAAAGAAUCCAAUCUAAGGACAUUGUUGCUCUCAUGGAUCAUCUCACUGUUCGGGAUGCCCAGCGAAAUGCCAGGGAUACCGAGAUUCUCGUGACUCUUGUUCGAAGCGCCGCCGAGAUGCGCACCUCAUUCGAGCAGAUGAAGAAAUUCAUCGCUGAUCAAGAUGAUAUGAUCAUGGACACCAGCGACCAGCAGCACGAGCGAACCCACAGGGCCCUCGGGGGCCCUCAUUUGCAAGCCAAGCGAGCCAACAUUUUCAAGCGCGCGUUGAAGGGCCUGAGCGGGAAAUCAGGAAACGACUUGACCAAAAUCGAAGGAAUGCUCGAGCAGCUCCUUGAAGAGGUUGAGGCCUUGCGCACUGGUCAAGAUGUUGUCUCCCCCCGGAGAGCAAGCAUCGAUCCGAAUGGCUAUGAAAAUGGCCCGAACAAUGUUCCCAUGGGCAGCCGUUCUCCCUACAUGGGCAGCCCUCGACAAGGCAAUGGGGAUACCCGUGUUAGCACUGUCCCUGAAGAAGACGAAGAGGACGAGGAUCUUGAAAUCGAUGAGAACGAUGCCUAUAUGACUGCUCAUUUGCCUAUCAAGCAGCCCGCUCGUCAUGAGAGAGCCGGCUCUCUGCCUCUCAACACUCCGCCUCGAAAGCCAGUGGCAGCAAACGGCGCUCGAAGCACAGAGACAACUCCGAAGGCUUCAGAGAAGGCUCGCAAGCACAAGUCGAGCAGUUCAUCAAUCUUCCCCAAAAUCUCACGCUGGUCGAAGUCCACCGCCACGUCAAUGGGAGACAAUAUUCGCAACAGCAUUCAGCCUGGUCGCAAGGAACGUCCAUAUUCAGAGGUCUCUCGCUCUGGUUCUGAUCUCGCCGCAGACGCCUAUAAAACCGGUAAUUACUAUGACCCCGAAGGCGAUGACCGUAUUAGGUCUACGUAUACUCUAGGCGAGGAUGAUCAGCAGGAGAAUCGUCCUCCAUCUCCUUUGGUGCCCUCGCAGGUCUCCGAGGCACCGAAGUACCGUGCCCACCGCGGCAGUCUCGAUCUGCAGCACCCUCAACCUCGACAGGGCCCAACUGGCCGCUACCAAAACCAGCUCGAAACUCAAGCACAGACGUAUGACACACCCGAAUCCCCAUCCUCAGACCACUGGGGCUCGAAUCCCAGUCUGCCAGCCGUCAACCCUAACCAACAACGCUUCAGUGGCGGUAGUCGUUUGUCCCCUAUCUCGGAUGCAGGAUACUCGGAAGCGAGCUCCCGCAACCCCGGCCCCCCUCGACCACCUAAGGUCAAGGACGACGGCCCCUUGAUCCCCGAGCGACCUCCCAAGGUCUCGGAAGAAGAAGAGCAACCGCAGUACAACGACCGCGUUGUCUCAAGGGGCUCUGCCAUGCGCUCCCCUCCCACGCGCAAACCAACUGGUCCCCGUCCCCUCACCUCUGGCGGCAACUAUAGCCCCAGCAACAUCAAGCGUACUCAAUACCGAGGCAGUCCGAUGCAGAUCGAUUAUGAUGACAACUAUUAA